AUGCAACAGGUUCGGCUGUCCAUUGCGCGCCCCUGUCGAUUUGUCGCUCAUCGCCGUUAUUCCGCACCGUUAUCCGCACCCUCACGCCAGUUCCAUUUAUCCAGAAGAUGCCUCGUGUCGCCACCCCAAGACCCUCAUGAUGUAGAAUCUACAGCGUCGGGGGAGUUUACAGAGGACAAUACUGUCAAAAGCGAAGAACCGUCAGCCAGUGGCCCGUCCGUUCCUUCUCCGUCUCCCGCAUCGGUCACUACGGCCACAAAAAAGUAUGGAUCUGCCGUGCGCAGAGCUAUGCGAAACCGGAAAUCGACCCAAGAGGCAUCUACAUCAGCAGCAACUGUACCUAAGUGGUUCUUUGAGCGCAACACUGUGUCCCACAGCCCCGAUAUCCACGCUCCUACACAACCGCUACAGCAGGUUCGGAUAACCAAGUCAGGGCCACCGGAGCCGGAAGAUGUUACAAAUGAGGAUCAUGCUACCGGGGGCGCGCCCGAUUCGUCUGAACCUAGUGAACUAGCUCCAGAGAAUCGCUACGCUGUGGCUCAGGAAUCUUGGGAUGAGCUUCGGGCCUCGGUCAAAGCAGGCUUGCGGCUACCACCCGCAAAGUAUGCCAAGGAACCUUCUGCGAAGAAGUCGCAUCUGGCACUGCACUACCCCGGGAAGGAUGGAAUUUUGUUCUUGGACGCGGUGGUGAAAAGGCUCUCUCACGAGCUAGGUACUGACCUGGUCACCCUCAAUGCCCAGGAUAUUGCCCAGUUGUUCAGUGAGCAAGACCUAGCAGAUUCAGGCGUAACUUCGCCUAUUCGAUCUCUUGGGUAUGAGGUCUAUCGGUCUUCUGUUGCAAACCACUGGUCAGAAUUGGAGGACCAUGAAGAUGGCGAAGAUGAUGUUUCUGAGAUCCCUGGGGGUCCUCGUGGAAUGCACGGGGCAAUUGGAGCGCCUCGAUUUAUCACAAUCGAGAGCAGCAAAGAUUCUGGAGAUAUCCCACUUCCCAACUGGCUUGGACUGAAAACGCUCUUGGGAUCUAUCAAUGGCCAAGCGGACCCGGAUCCAAGUAUUGGAGCUUCUCGAAGUGGUCAGCGUGCUGAAACCCGCUGGAUUCAACUCGUCUCCGAGAUUCUUGGCCAACCAGUGCAGUCGACAAACAAUGCCUCGGCUGAAAGCCCUGAAACAGACGCCAGCAAGGCUCAGUCAUCUCGGGACAUCAUUGUGCAUAUCCAGGAUUACCGUGACAUUCAGAACACCCGAGAAGGGUCAAACUUCAUUUCUAUCUUGCACAAAGUCAUCCAAGAUCGGAGAGGGGCUGGAUCCAAGAUUCUGUUGAUCGGAACAACCUCCCAGGAAAUCCCUUCUGCGCCCUCGGCGGAUGGCGCAGGACUCCUUCAGAAUGUUCUUGAUGAUCAGUUUUCGAAGACCUUGUUUGUCACUCCGGCUAUGAAGUCAAAGGCAGCAGAAACUGUCUUCGCUGAAGACUGUAAGAAGCGCACCAUGGACAUCAAUAUCCGCCACCUGCAAAGCAUGCUUCGAUUCCGCCUGAAUGAACAGGCUUCGCCAGCCAAGGACAAUAUUUUGAGCAACCGCGCCUGGCCGCUAGAGCAAAGUACAAUCAAAGAAUCCGGAAUCGAGGAUCGAUACUGGUCAUAUAACCAAGUGCAUUGGAUUGCCACCCUUGCACUCGGUUGUGCAGAGACCAAUGAGCCGUUUGGAUUUGAACACAUCCGCCGCGGUAUCGAGCUGAUGGAUAAAGGUGAUCGGGUGACUAAUGAGUGGUUGAAGGAGAAGUCUCCCAAACAAAAGGACUCGGAAGCAGGCCAAACUCGCGAGCAGUUGCUUGCUUCUCUGCGCAAAACAUGCAACACACAUGAGAAGAAGCUUCUCAAUGGUGUGGUCGAUGCAAACAGCAUUCGCACAACGUUCAACGAUGUGCAUGUCCCUCCCGAGACUAUUGACGCGCUGAAGACCCUCACCUCGCUGUCACUUAUCCGUCCCGAGGCCUUUACAUAUGGUGUUCUUUCCACUGACAAGAUCCCCGGUCUCCUCUUGUAUGGACCACCUGGUACGGGUAAGACACUCCUCGCAAAGGCCGUGGCUCGCGAGAGUGGCGCCACUGUGCUCGAGGUCAGUGGAUCUGAAGUGUACGACAUGUACGUCGGUGAAGGUGAGAAGAACGUCAAGGCGAUCUUCACCCUCGCCAAGAAGCUCAGCCCCUGCGUUGUCUUCAUCGACGAAGCAGAUGCAAUCUUCUGCUCACGCACCGGAGCCAGCAGCCGCACCUCCCAUCGCGAACUGAUCAACCAAUUCCUACGCGAAUGGGAUGGAAUGAACGACCUCUCAGCAUUCAUCAUGGUUGCCACCAACCGGCCCUUCGAUCUAGACGACGCCGUUCUCCGCCGACUACCCCGCCGACUCCUUGUCGACCUUCCAACCGAGGAAGACCGCCUCGCAGUCCUGAAGAUCCACCUGAAAGAAGAACAACUCGACGACUCGGUCGAUCUAGCCGAUCUAGCCCGUCGCACACCCCUGUACUCAGGCUCCGACCUGAAGAACCUGUCGGUAGCAGCCGCGCUCGCAUGCGUCCGUGAAGAGAACGAGGCAGCAGCCAAGCACACAGGCUCCGAGCCAUACACCUACCCCGAGCGCCGCAUCCUCACACGAACUCAUUUCGAACGCGGAAUGGGAGAGAUCAGCGCUUCCAUCAGCGAGGAUAUGUCAUCUCUAUCUGCCAUUCGCAAGUUUGACGAGCAGUACGGUGACCGCAAGGGCCGGCGUCAGAAGAGCGCUGGGUGGGGCUUCAUCCCUGGUCCUACUGGCGAGGCUGCUGUUCAGUCAGCCCGUGUUCGUGACUGA